GGGAGGAACCUCGGCAAUGAUCCGGCGUUGAGGACCUGGGGUCCUUUUCUGUCUCAGGUGUUCCAUCAGAUGCAGGAGUUUGAACAUCUCUUAUUGCUCAAAGUAAUUGAAAUUAAUAGCUGAAGACAUUGUAUGUAUGUACUGGUGAAACUCAUGCUGGAAAGUGUGAUUCUGUUUUAUUAAAAGUAUGCAAUCCUAGUGGGGAUUUAUAUAAAUCCAUGGCAGAAUCGUCCAGUGAGUCAGACCACUUGCGCUAUGGUAACCGAUGCAGUCGCUGGGCCUCCCGAUCAGGUCACAGGGAAACCGGAAGUCAUCCAACGGUAGGAGUCACUGAGAAGGUCAACACCAUAACAAGUACUUUACAGGACACCAGUUGGAACCUGCGACAAGUGGACCAGAUGCUUGGACAAUAUCGAGAGUAUAGUAAUGGACAGGCGGGUGCUAUAGAACAGUUAAAAGAAAGCUUGGAACAAUCAAUAGAUCAACUUCGAAGUCAACGUUUAUUGAGAAACUCAAGUGGGAAAAGUCUUUCUGUUACAAGUCUGAGUACAAGUGACCUUGAUUGUGGCCCUGUGGCAGAGAGCCAUCGUUUUCCACCUACCUCACCUCUCAAGGACUAUGGAGAUCCACAGGGUGUUAAGCGUGAUAGAUCCAGAUCUAGUGUGCGAUUUGUUCGGGAGACUGAUAAUGUAGUCCAGUUUCAUGCUUUUCAUUGGUCCCUUCGAGACCUCAGUAGUGAACAAGUUCGCCUUGGAGAUGAUUUCAACAGGGAACUUUCCAGAAGAAGCCGGUCGGAUGCUGAAACAAAAAAGGCUUUGGAAGAAUUGACUGAAAAACUUAAUGAAGUACAGAAACAAGAAGCGAUUUCCGGUCGGGUAGAGCAGCGGCUUCAGGAGAUAGAGAGAGAGAUGCGCACAGAGAGGGAGCUGGUGGAAAGACGCCAGGACCAGCUGGGGCUCAUGUCCUUGCAGCUUCAGGAGGCUCUGAAGAAACAAGAAGCUAAAGCAGAUGAGAAUGAGGGAGCAAUGAAAAAUAAGUUAAGGCAAACUGAGACUGAAAAGAAUCAACUUGAACAAGAAUUGGAGCUAUCUAGGAGGUUAUUGAGUGAAUCAGAAGACAGCAGAGAAACACUUUUACAACAGAUAGAAGACCUGCGAGCACAACUUUGCAAAGCAGAGUGCGAACGAAAGAGUUCACAGCAAGUGUGUCCGCUUUCCAAGCAACAGUCAAGCCAUCAGGAUGAACAAGGAGUUGACUGGGGGUUUAGGAGAGGGAUCGAGCGGGAGAAACAGGAUCUGGAGAAGAAGAUAUCAGGUUUGAGAGCUCAGAUGGACUUGAAUGCGCUGGCAUCGGAGCUAGAGGAAGUGAAGCGGUGCAUGGAGCGCAAAGACAAGGAGAAAGCACAGCUGGCAGCACAAGUGGAGAAUUUAACACAAGAACUGGAGAACAAGGAAAAACAGCAGCUGCGGAUGUUGGAUCAACUUAAGGAGAUCCAGAAUCACUUUAACACCUGUGAGGGCGAGCGUAAGCGCGCUGACCUUCAGAUCGCAGAGCUGACUCACCACGCGGAGGACGCCACCAGGCAGGCCGAGCAGUGCAUCUGUGAGUUGCAGCAGUCAGAGGCCCAGCGGGAGGAGCUGGAGAAGCGGAGAGAAGACCUGAAAGUGAAGGCUCAAGAGUCCAUUAGGCAGUGGAAGCUUAAGUAUAAGAAAUUAGAGCGAGCGUUGGAGAAACAGUCUGAAAGUCUCGAUCAACUGACAGACAAGAAUAAUCAGGUUUUAAAAGAAAAGGAUGAAUUGAAAAGUCAGCUGUUUGCAACAUUACAGCAAAUGGAGUGUCUUCGAAAGGAAUUGAAUGAUGUUCUAACCAAGCGUGCCCUUCAAGAGGAGGAGCUUCACUUAAAGGAGGAGAAACUAAGUAAUAUUACAUCUCAACAAGCUGACCUUGAACUAGAAGUCAAGAAUGCCCUGGAUACCAUUCAGCGACUAGAAAAUGAAUUGAAAAAACAGAGUAUGAUUCAAUGCCAGAUGAAAACCGAGAAAGUUCACCUAGAGGAAGAAAUUGCAGAGCUCAAGAAAAGCCAGGCCAUGGACCAAGCUAAACUUCUUGAGAUGCAAGAGUCCAUCAAGGACUUGAGUGCCAUCCGAGCAGAUCUUGCUAAUAAAUUGGCUGAGGAGGAGAAAGCCAAGAAAGCAGUGCUUAAGGAAAUGUCUGACCUCACCGCACAGAUGACAUCCACCGAUGAAGAAACAGCUACAGUCAUCACACAGUUAAAGUUAGAACGCGAUGUUCACCAGAGGGAGCUGAAAGAUCUCACGGCAUCGUUGCAGUGUGUGAAAACAAAACAUGAGCAAAAUAUCCAGGAGCUAAUGAAGCACUUUAAGAAAGAAAAGAGUGAGGCUGAGGAUCAUAUUAGGACACUGAAGGCUGAAAGUUUAGAAGAUAAGAAUAUGGCUAUGGCCCAUCGUUGUCAGCUGGAGAAGUUGAAAUCACAGUAUGACGGAUUGACAGAGGAAUUAACCCAGAAUGAAAAUGAGAACAAAAAGCUAAAGCAAAAAUAUCAGUGUUUGAAGGACCAACUAGAAGAAAAGGUUUUUUCUUCUGGUUCUGACAUACAUUAUGACUCACAUCGCUGGUUAGCAGAAAACAAGACUAAACUUCAGUGGCUCUGUGAGGAACUGAAAGAGAGAGAGAACAGAGAGAAAAAUCUGCGACAUCAGCUAUCACUCUGCAAGCAACAACUCAGGGAUCAUGCUGAAAACAAGGAGACUGAGCUCCACUGUCUUUUUGAACAGAUAGAAAGGCAGGAGCAGCUUCUGGAAGAAAUACAUCGGGAGAAGAAAGAUCUGCUGGAAGAGACCCAAAGAAAAGAUGAAGAAAUGGAAUCUCUGCAGGAUAGAUCAAUUAAAGCCCAAACAAGUACCCGAGUGGCCUUGGACCAUCUGGAGUCUGUGCCUGAGAAGCUGAGCCUACUACAGGAUUUGAAAGACUUCAAAGAGGCCCGCGCUUCACCCUCAAGAAUUGAUGGGAGAUUUUCUAAAUACAGAGUUCCAAGAGAUUUUCUUCACCAUCACCAAGACGACACCAAGUACAGAAACAGAAGUUUCAAAGAGGGCAGAAGCUUUACCGAAGGUUCCCACACUCAUGAGUUAGAUCUCUCAUCCUCUUGGCUGGAUCAAAACCGCUUCCUGUCUAGUCCACAAUUUUCACACUUGAACUCAUUUACCAAAAGAACUAUCACUCCAGAUCCAGCUUCAAUCAAGGAGGAUACCUUAAGUUGA